AUGUCUGACGAGAUGUGGACCAUGUCCGAAAAACUUCAUAGCAUUCUCAUUGGAUGUUUGGGAACUGAAGAAGCGGUGCUGGACUUCAUAAAUUGGUUUUUCGACGGGAUUCGAAAAAAUUUUGGUGAUUCCACGGCUUCAAACUCUUCACAAACCUCCCUUAAUCGCAAUCCUUCGGCGACUGUCAGUUCACUGAAUCUUCCGGAAACGUGCUUCCAAUGCAAACGCAAAUAUACUUCCGAAAAAUGGUGUCGUUCCUGCGAGUCGGUCAUCUUCGAAUCAAGUUUCAACACUUGGACCAGUGGUAACCUCGCUCUCGACCGCAUGAUCCAUCAGACCCAACUUGAUGCCUCCUCUUCUUCUGCCUUCCUUCGGUGGAUUCCUUUUUCGCAAUUCAAAGAUGUCAAGGAAAUUGGUCGCGGUGGAUUCUCCACGGUAUACUCGGCACGAUGGAAUCACGACAUGUUGGACGGAACCUUGCAACAAUGGGUGACGAACAUGGAACAACAAAUCAUCAUGGACUAUGUGAAAUGUCAUGAUGUAUUUGUUAACGAGGCCGAUUGGAAUGCGAUCGUCGAAAAGUUUAUGGGAAAGAUGAGGCGCAUUUUUGAAAGCAGAAGGAUCUUAAAGUGCAAACCUUUGGAAAGUGAGAGUGCUUCCUCCAUUUCAUCCAGGAAUAAUAGUUUGAAGACUCGUAAACGAAACAGUAUUGUCAAAAUCAAAGGAUUGUUCCGUUCCCUAUCGUUUAAUCGAAAGCGGUUCUCCACAAUUUCAACGGCAAGUAAAGCCAGCGUCACGAAUUUGCGAAUCCCUACGCAAAUGCACAGGAUAACGCGUAUACCUCCUACCACGUCUCCCGUAAAUAGUGCUGCGCAAAAAAUAAUCGUUCUCAGGCGAUUACACAAUUCGUCCAAUUUAUCCGCCGAAUUUAUUGACCAGAUCAAAUCUUACUAUCUUACCACAAAGAAAAACGAUCACUUUGUCCCAUUGUAUGGAAUAACUCAAGACCCUGAAUCUAAAGAUUACUAUCUGGUAAUGCAGCACGCGAACGAUGGCAACUUGAAUCGCUAUCUCCGGCACAACUAUAAUACCAUAGAUUGGUGGCAACGAAUAAUCAUCCUCGGUGACAUAGUGAGAUCCUUGAAAGAAUUGCACGACAAAGAUCUUGUUCAUCAUAAUUUGCACAGUGGCAACAUAUUACGUCAUUUUGAUCAGCCCAAUGGGUCGGGAAUUGUAAAACGCGCGAGGAUUUUACUUGCGGAUGCUGGAUUGUUCUUUCCGGCUGGUGUCACCUUGGAUCAUUCGUCUGAAGUAUCUGAGCGUGAAAUCGAAAAAGCUGCCGAAACCACGGCACAUAUGGAAAACAAAGUUUUCGGUGUGCUUCCAUAUAUCGCGCCUGAGGUGUUGCGUGGUGGCCAAUACACCAAGGCAGCGGACAUUUAUAGCAUGGGAAUAAUAAUGUGGGAGAUUACCUCGGGAAAACGUCCGUACCUUGAACGUCCAUAUGACAGGAAAUUGGCCAUUGACAUAUGUGAAGGGCUUCGGCCGGAAAUAACGUCAGGAACACCUGAUGUGUACCGAGAGUUAAUGGAGAUGUGCUGGGAUGCUAACCCGGAAAAAAGGCCAGAUAUAGAUCAAAUAGUGAAGAUCACGAGUUCGUGGCACCGAGUACCAACCGCGUCAAAUCCGUCGACAGGUGGUUCGGCGACGGGAAUACGGCAGCACGUCAAUAACAGUUUCGAGAUGUUCACCCCCUCGAGGAUGAAGAAUAUUGAGAUAUUUGCGGAGGCAGAGAAACUUCGGCGGCAGCUAUCAAUAGGAAGACGAAUAACAGGUAGUAAUAACAGUGAGGAUGACACGGACGGCAGUGGAACCAUUAGUAGUGGUAGUAAUAACAUCGAAUUGUCGAGAGUGAGGAGAGCUCCGCCAGAGUCGCAUAUGUUCUCGCGAAGGUUUGAAUUCGAGGACCUUCCGACACCACGAAACACUUCGAAAUCUGUCAGCAACAAAUAUACUUUAAAUAGUUUGAUCAUAACGACGGAUCCGAGUGAAAUGGUGGGAGAAAGGGUGGAUAAUGAAACAAGGAUGAUGGAGGGAAUUGUAGGACGAGAUCUCGUUCAAGCGCAUCAAGGAAGCCUAAGCCUUGAUUCUGCAGUUGGCAUGUCACCAAUCAAGGAUGAAUCUUUUUAA